GUUUUUCCCGAACGGCCCUGGCAUUCCUUUCUCUUCAGUGAAUCGGUCUCGGCAGCCAUACUUCCCUGAUGUUGCCAGUCUACAGAUCUCCCUCCUUCCUGAGUCGCAGGUCCAGCAGCGGAGAAGAGAGGACGGAUCAGUUCCCCUUACUGCGAAUUCUAGCCUGCUGACUGCAGUGUGAGAAGGCUUCUCAGCAUUCAAGUGAGCGGAACUGUUAUAGCUCAUGCCGAUUUCAUCUUGUGAUCUUGGUGUCAGUUAUGCCUCUCACUUCUUCUUUUGAUCGUUCUUUCAGCUCUAAAAUAUUUCAAAAAGCCUUCUCAGAACUCCAGAAAAUGUCAAGCAACAACACCGGCGGGAACAUGUGGACAGCACAACUGAAGAUCUGCAGCAAAGAUGACCAUCGGCUUCGAGAGCAUAAUCAAAGCGGAGCCUUGCCAGGAGUGACGAAGAGUCAGCGCAAUGCCCUUGUCAGCCAUCUGAACGCCAGUCUCAAAGCUCUGGUAGAAGCGGUACAAAACAGCUUGAAUGGUUUUCACGGGAAAUGCUAUUCAGAUGAUACCUGGGAAGCCUCGUACCAGCCCCGCAACUUGAACCUUGUUGCCUGGAAUAUCAAGCUACAAUUAGGGGCAGAACAAGCAAUCGCGGCUGUUUUCAAAGGUGCUAGAAGUGGGCCUGUCAAAAUUAUACACAAAGCCUCCUACGAUGUCCCCCAAACAGGAUACGAAAGGUACACCUUUGUGUACGGGAUUAGAGACUCUGACGCGACGUCGAAAAAAGACGAUCUUUCCAUUACGUCGAAGCUAGUGUGGAAGUUCACUCACGGAGACGCAAACGAAAUAGUCUUAGAUAGCACUGUCCAGACCCACUACUCUAACCAGAGUACCAGUAGUUCAACCAGAUUAGGACGAUCCGGUAUAUGUCUAGAACCAGCUUCCAAUGAAGGGGUUCUUACAGCGGAAGGGGUCUCAGAUUUCAAGAACUCUGAGAAUACCGACCGUCCCAUCGAUGGCUUCUCGGCCACUACGUUCAAGGGCUCGUAAUGCAGAAUUGCCUGUCGAAUUUCGCGAAAUCGGGGGGAAUAAUGAACUAGUG